AUGACUGACCCCAACCGGGUCGCGAGUAUCAUGCUCUCAUGGCACUCGCUCGACCUCGUCUCAUGCACCAACCUACAGACCCUAUGGGCUGGUUAUGGGAAAAUAUGUGCGAUCACAGCGCGAGCCACCACCGACAAAGCAGCCGAACAUCUCAGCAAGCUAUGUGGGGUAGCACCAGGCAGCGUAGGGUCGACAUAUCCCCUCAUCCUGAAACUCAUCUCACCGCCCCGAAGCCGCACGGCAGAUGAGGGCCACCUACGAAAGAUGCUGAGCUACGAGGUAGAGCAGUACUUCUAUAGUGAAGUAGUCCCGCAGCUGGGCUCCGAUAUAGCUAUAGCCAAAUGUCUUGCCUCGACGCGCGGCAUGAAGGAUGCGGAAGGCUCGUCGGAACUCAAAGGUCUCAUGGCUACGAUCAUGGUCGAUCUGCGUCCUGCAUUUCCCGUCGCGGGCGAGAAAAGGGGUGCACUGAAUCGCACACAAGUGCACGCGGCGCUAGAUUGGCUAGCCGGCUUCCAUGGCCGCUCAAGGGGACUUCUGCCAAUCAAUCUUGACGGAUAUGUUUGGCCGCCGCUUGAAGAAAGCAGUAGAAGACAAAGUGCCGGCAAGGAUCUUGACAGUGGGCUGUGGCUGAAUGGGGGAUAUACGUACCUCGCGACGCGACGUAAAGAGUACGCAUCUCUUGCACAGGACACGGACUCGGCGUGGUCAGACCUUCUCUGCGGGGUUUCGGAUGAGUGCUCACUAUCCGUGGCGGAGAUGGUGGCAUUGUUCCUAACGCCCUGUGGAAGGGCGGUUGAGUCAUAUAUUCAUGGCGAUGUCAAGUCGGAGAAUCUCUUCACGACGACUAAUGGAGACAAGGUGGCAUUCUUUGAUUUCCAGUACGUUGGGCUCGGCCUGGGAGUCUGUGACCUUGCCAAAUUGUUUACCUGUUCGGUUCCAUUGCAUAUGCUAGUUGAUGACAAUGGGAGUUUGCCCGAGCAGUUGUCGAUGUGUGAUGGUGAGAGGGGGCUAUUAGAGCGGUACCGCAAAACCCUCCAGGAUGAGGACUCGCAGCUAUGCGACUGGGAAACGUUUAAACGACACUGGGAGACAGCUUUGGUUGACUGGUGUAGAUUCCAGGCUUCGUGGGGCUUUUGGGGAAAUACAGAGUGGCUCGAGGCCCGUGUAAGAUCAAUCUUGAAUGACCAGGAGUGGAGAGACUGGUUGUAUCAGAAUAUACGCAGUCGGUUAUAG